AUGCCGCCCAUUCGUACGGCCAAGUGCGACACCAAAUCAGACGUUGAUAGCAAAAAGAAGCGUCCCUCCCUUGCUAACAUGUUCAUCUCCGUCAGCCGUGUCAAGCCAUACACAGCUACCAACUGGAACUCUCAGAUCCGCAUCUCCCGCUGUCUGUUGAAGCCAGACGUAGAUGCAAAGCACGUUGAAUUGUCAUCUCUCGUCUUCAGUCGCCUUCAAAAGGUCAUCGAGCUUGACCUCACCGAUGUCAAGAUUGGUCUCGAAGAGGAUGACGAAGAAUUUGAUGGCAUCACUUGGUGCCUGGUCUGGCGCAUGUCUGGGUCAGGACAGCUUGGUCGUGUUUACGACAGUGACUCUUUCCAGUCUGCUGUACAAGACCACAGACGCGGGUACAAGAAUAUCGUACAACUCUACAUCAUUGGCAGCAAGGAUGCUCUGUGGAGAUCUGAGUUCUGA